UGGUUAUUGUUACAGUUUGACUUUGCAUCAAAUGUAUCACAUCAGCAAUCCUUUGUUGUUCAUGAUUAUAAUGCAAACAAAAGAACAAUUAUGCAUAAUUCAUUUGUAUUUGUACAUCGAUAUCCCAACCUAUUGCUUGAUGGCUAUGGUUGGAUAUUGUGCUGCUCAUGUGAUGCAAGUAGAAAGCAAAUUGUUGAAGCCCUACCUAACAAUAUACAAUUAGAUCCUCAAAAAGAUAUACCAUAUCCCAGUUGCAUACACAUAUUAGCAAUGGAAAAAUAUCUGGUUGUGUAUGAUAGAAAGUUUGGUAUUGAAGCCAAAGAUUUUAUUGAAAAAGUAAGUGUUGUGUUACUCUUUCAGGAUAUAAGGUGUCUGAACAGUUUUGCAAACUUUGGACUUACACUUGCAUACCAUUUGUUUCAAGACCCUUGUCAAAGAUGUGAAAACUAAUGCAUAUUAAUCUGACAUUGCAUGUAGUGAAUGUCUCAAAUUUGUAUUUGGCUUAUUUUUUCAAUGUAAAGUUCUUCAUGUGGUA